UCAGUGAGAAAGAACUGGAGAAAGUACACAGAAAAGCUGAAACAAAGGCCCACUUGCCCUUUCUUCUUCCUAAAUGUUUUCCUUGCAACUCACAAUCCCUAAUUUCAUACUCACACCGUUUUGCUCUCCUUUACGCACCAAAGCAUUCCCAAAUCAUUGGCCAAAACCCUAAACAAUACACGGCCCUCUCUCUCUAUCUCUCUCUCUCUAUCUCCCUUUUCUUCAACUUCAAAAGCAUUUUUCUUUCAAUUUUUUAUUUUUAUUUUGAAAAAAAGGUUAAAGUAAAAAGCUUGAUAAUCAAACAGGGAAAGCUUAUAUAUAUGUGUGUAUGUUGUAUGUAUAUGAUCAAACGUGUAGAUGCAUGUCGGUGGAAUAACGGGGGAUCUGAAUUGGUUCCUUCAAUUUAUAUUCACGCUAUUUAUCAUAGCUUUAGGAUUGCUUUACCUGGUCAAGAAUACGGCGUCGAAGUACUUCGAGGUCGGCACCAAUUUCGAAGGUGGGGGCGGUGGAGGUGGCACCACUAAUCGGGAUCGUGCGGUUCCGACCAUUCAUAUGGAAAUGGAGGACUCUUCUUGUGCUAAUUGCGGCAAUAAUGGGACUAAGAGGUGCUCACGUUGUAAAUCCGUUAGAUACUGCUCAGUAAAAUGCCAAGAAGCCCACUGGAAAUCUGGGCAUAAGUCAAAAUGCAAGGAUUUUGUCAGGGUAAAUUCAACACAAAAUUCAAAAUCCAGCUUUGGAUUAAAAGCUUCAGGUAUUGAGGGUGGAGCUUUUUCUGGCAUUGCGCCGGUUCCUGCUAAUGGGACCACUAAGCUUAUAAAGAAGCCAAGAAAGGUUCUUUUCUCCUAUGAUGACUUCAUUAAACUUUACUACUGGGACAAGGCAGCAUUCCCUCCUUGUGGGCUCUUAAAUUGUGGAAACAGUUGCUUUGCCAAUGUGGUUCUGCAAUGCCUCACAUUCACACGGCCACUUGUUGGCUACUUGUUGGAGAAAGGUCAUCAAAGAGAAUGUGGGCACAAUGAUUGGUGCUUUCUUUGUGAAUUUCAAGAACAUGUUGAAAGAGUAAGCAAAAAUUCGCAUUCCUUUUCACCUAUGAGUAUCCUGUCUCGCUUGCCCAACAUUGGUGGUAAUCUUGGUUAUGGAAGACAAGAGGACGCUCACGAGUUUAUGAGGUUUGCCAUUGAUACGAUGCAAUCAGUGUGCCUUGAUGAAUUUGGUGGAGAAAAAGCUGUCUAUCCUGCCUUUCAAGAAACAACUUUUAUUCAACAUGUAUUUGGUGGUCACCUACAAUCUCAGGUGAUAUGUACAAAAUGUGACAAGAUUUCAAAUCAGUUUGAAAAUAUGAUGGAUUUAACUGUUGAAAUACACGGCGAUGCUGCAUCCUUGGAGGAAUGUCUUGAUCAAUUCACGGUCAAAGAGUGGCUUCAUGGAGAAAAUAUGUACAAAUGUGAUGGGUGCAAUGACUAUGUCAAGGCAUGGAAGCGUCUAACCAUUCAUCGGGCUCCAAAUAUUCUCACAAUUGCCUUAAAAAGAUUUCAGAGUGGGAGGUUCGGAAAACUUAACAAAAGAGUAACCUUUCCUGAGACAUUAGAUCUGAGCCCCUAUACGAGUGACGGUGAUGGUACAGAUUUAUACAAGCUUUAUGCUGUUGUGGUCCAUGUGGAUAUGCUGAAUGCUUCAUUUUUUGGUCAUUACAUCUGCUAUAUUAAGGAUUUCCAUGGAAACUGGUACAGAGUUGAUGACUGUAAGGUUCAAAAUGUUGAAUUGGAGGAAGUUCUUUCUCAGGGAGCAUAUAUGCUUUUAUAUAGCAGGGUUUCUGUUAGACCAUCAUGUCUUAGAAUCAUGGAACCUGCAAAAGAGCAGCAUCCGCCAACAAAAGUGGAAUUAGGUAGCUGCACAAACAAGAAAAUUGAAUUCACGAACCAAAAAGUCAGUUGCUUCCCAGUUCUGGAAUCUGUUCAUGCCACAAGCACUUCUGGGUCUCUAGUAUCUGAAAGGAAUUCAGAAUUUGUAAAUGAAUGUGAUGCUGCAUCAAGUUCAGCUGUUUCGAUGGAUAUUUCCUUGUGUGGAAAUGAGUCAUCUUCUAGAGUUGACUCCAAAGAUAUGGAUAUGAAUAAGUUCAAGCCUUUGCAUUCAUGUGGUACAGUGGAGGUCUCAAACUGUGAUAAGGAUGCAACAAUUGCAUUUAAUUCUGAAGCUGCAGGUGAAGAUUCAGAGCUUAUGAAUGCAAUUGAUUCUUAUUCGAAUAUGCGUGCUCCAACAGAGAUUUCUGACUGUGAGAAGGUUUCAUCUUCUGCAACCAACUCCAAAGCUGUGGUGAUAGAAGAUUCAGUCAAUACAGAUCAAGUUAACGGUGAAUCAAGUUCUGGUAUUGUGAAGGACAUCAAAGUUAACGGCACUCUCUAUUCCUUUUCAGGCAUGGCAGCAACCAAACCUCACAAUUUGAAACGUGAAUUACCCUUGAGUGGUUCAGACGAUGAUUAUAGGAACAGCGGAGCCAAGAGAGCAGAAACAACAGAGAGUUGUUGAUAAGUGUGGAACAUUUUCUCACUAAUUAUUGGUUCAUAGAUUUUUUUUUUUUAUCCCAUCAGCAAAGGAGUUGAUUAGGGAAUUUUUGUACGGGGUUCCAUUAUUUUCUGAAAUAUUGGAUGUCAUUGGUAACAAUUGUAGAUGAAGUCAACCCAAGCUACGAGGAUGUCACUACAAUACUUAGCUCUGUAUGACAUUGCUGUUGAGAGAAACAUCUGAUAAGAGUUUCACAUCUAAAAUGAUGUCUUUUCUGUAAAAAGCAGCCUUUUAGUCUCUUAAUCACAAUCUCAAAGGGAAGCGUA